UGUUCAUCUUCAUCUUCAGAUAAGUAAUAGUGUUCAUUUCCAUCUUCAGCUAAAUAAUCCUGUUCAUCUCUGUCUUCUUCAGAUUCACUACUUUUAUUUUCAUUGUUACAUUCAGUAUUGUGAAUCAUGUUUACUUCUUCAAAAGAUUCUUGGAAAGAAUGCUCUUCAAUUGUCAUAUCACUUUGUUCACACGAAUUAAUUUCUUCAUUAAGGUACAUUUCCAUCUACAAAUUAUAUAUAAAUAUGUACAAAUGUGAAAAGUGAAAAAUUUCUCAGCGAUUCCAUCAAUCACGCCUUGAUUUCCACAAUGAAAAUAUUCACUUUUCACGUUUUCACUCUAAACCAAGUUUUUACUUAUCUUACAUGAUCGAUAUCCUGAUGUUUAGAUCACUUUAUAUAAAGCAAAUAGAAAAAGAAAAAUAUGACUACCUGUGUCGCUAUUUUCUGUUCUUUUGCUCUUACUACGCGAGAAUAUUUUGUUGUUGUGGGAAUUUCUUCAGAGUCGUCUGUUAGAUAUCUUUUAUAAGGUCCUCUUUUUCCUUUUGCCAUUAUUUAUAAAUACAUAGACGUUCCUUUCUAUUUUUUGUGUGCAAUAGUUCCUCAACUUGUUGCUUAAUAUUUCAGCAAAAUAUGUAUGUUCCGUAUAUUAUCACUCGUUUACUUUAUUUUACAUUUGUGUAAACACCGACCAAAAUUUCACAAUCUAUUGUAAUGUAUACGAUACUCUUUCUCAAAAAUACGAACAACUUAAUCUCCAUUCGAGCGAUGCAUUAAACCAAUGUCGUAAAAAAUAAGAUGGCUACAAUAUUUCUGCCCGCUGCCUACUGCCCGCUAUCAGAGCAUGUGGAGGGGGUACGCAACAAAGAAGAAGUUGAAUCAGAUACCGUUAAACCGCACAUGCGUACACAUAUGUAUAUCUCCUCCUAUAGGUGCGUUCCGUUUCACGCAUAUGCGCGCAUUUAUCUAUAAUAUACGUCACAUGUACUAUAGAAAAUGCGCGCAUAUGCGUAAAACGGAACGCACCUUAUGUCUAUGUCUGACAGCGGACAGUGUCAGUUAUUAUUUUAGCGCGUUUUAUUUGGGCGCCAUUCAAUCUCAAGCAAGAUCUAGAAAAAGUUACAGAAUCGAUACCCUAGUGCGUCACUCAUAUUCCUGAGGAAGAGCGUAUCACACGCAUUGUUAACGAUUUUUUGAAUCAGUGUUAUACAUAAAUAUAAGAGGAAGUGUGAACGAGAGCGACAAUAAUACACCAUCAAACUGACAAAUUUAGCCAUAACAAUAAGCAAGAGGCAAAGCCAAGUUGAGAAAAGGAAAUGGAUAAUAACAAAUGUCUUUUGUUGGAAUUUGUUAACGAAGAUAAAAAAAUUGCUGUCGGUUAUCAAGAUUGGUUGCAAGAUAAAAUAAGUGGAGAAAAAAAAUACUUAGAUAUAAUCGAAAAGAAAAGUGAAGUAAAAAUAAAAUGGCCUAAUUGUGACAUUGCACCAGCGUUGAUAAUGAAAAAAAGAGUGAAAACAUGUGAAUGGAAGACAGUUGUAGCAAGGAUACUUUCUUUUGGUGAAUGGACCAAAAUGUGCCAACAACGAGACAAUUUGGAAAUAUAUGGAAUUUUAGAAGCAACUAAAGAGGAAAGAAAAUCAAUGUGUAAGAAACAAUGGAGCGAUGAUGAAGAGCCAGAGGAUAGUCAGAGAAAAAAGAAAUACAAAAAAAAAGAGAUGAACAUUGAAACCAAAUCUUCAAAAUUAUGGAAAGAAUUGAAAACACGUAAAACACAAGUAUCUAUAAUAGAGUCCGAACAAUCUUCAGAUGAUGACAGCUCUUCAAAAAUGUCGCAACAUUUUAUACAAGAGAACAAAACUUUGAAAAAAGAAAAUAAUGACUUAAAAAACGAAAAUGUGGCACUACGUAUUUCACUUGCUUGUAUAGAAAAUUUGCCGAAAAUAAACAAUUUGGUGGAAACCAUACUUCUUAAAACAGAAAAAAUACAUGAUAAAAUAGAUUUAAUUACGGAUUCCAACGGAAACAAUUUGAUGGAAAAUGACAUACUUCUCACAACAGAAAAAAUAUACAAAAAUGAUUUAUUUGCGAAGAAAAAUAAUAGUGAGGCUACAAAUAAUAUAAUAGAAAUGACGUCAAAUAAAGAACUUCUCAACAAUGAAAAAAUGAUUAAUCUCGGUGGGAAAGGUGUUUUAGUAAAUGCUGGUCGUCUUCGAAAUUGUAAUAGAAGUAGUAUUUCGCAAUACACAUGCGAUUUAUUAUCAGUGGUUUUUUCCAAAGAAGAACUGGCAACAUCCAGUUUGACAGGAAAAAUUGCCAAUACUAUGAAAGGAGCAAAUAUAACACCUAAACCAGCUUUAAAUUCAAAACGUCUUGAGGCAAUUGAAGCACACGUGUUUUCAAUAUUUGAGUGCAAUAAAGACACUCAAAAACUUUUUAAAGCAGCUGUCAGACAAAAAUGUAAUAAUGCUACACCUCGAGCAAGCAGAAGAAACCAAGAAGAUGACAAUAAAUAACUUUUCUCGAGUUACUCUGCAAGUACU